AUGGUAAGACUCUCAGCUCAAUUUAAAGCCAAUAAAAUAACAUUGUUGCUGUAAGCUAUGAGCUAUAUUGGAGUCAUUUGAGGAGAGAGCGGAACUAGCGCCGUGUAAAUAUGUGUUAGCUGGCAUGCUAACAUCAGCUCAUCAUUUGUGGACGUGGCUGUUUAUUCAGGCUGUUAAAUAACCACAAAUUACAACAAUAAGUUUAUCUUUUAUGUGUGUAUGUUAACAUAUUUGUGUAUUGACAUAUUUGAAUGAAUGAGUUGAUAUGAAAUCAAAUGUGGGCUCAUAUUUAUGGUCAGUUCUUUACGUUAGCAAUGUAUAAGUUACUGUCCCAAGUUAGUGGGACAGUUAGAAAUGACAGUGACAUCUUAUUAUCUGAGUGCCUGUAGGUUACUAAUGUAUCUGUUGGGAGUGUCUCUGUGGGGAUUUAUGUAUCUGUUUCUGUGUCAGACCUCAGGUAAGAGAUAAUAAUUGAGUUUUUCUUUGAUUCUAUGCUUUAUUGUGGUUUCUCCCCUCAGCCUGGUCCAGCAGCAAGCGCAACAAAUGUUGGGGCAUCUGGCCGUUCCCCCAGCAAGACAGUGGCCCCCCGUGCUGCAGGCUCCACAGUCAGGCAGAGGUACACACACACACUCCCAUAUACACAUAGUUAACCAAACUGACUGAUGGGAAGUCAUUUGUAAGAUCAUGUAGAUGUCCAAAGAACCAAAUCACAGGAAAGGUCUGAUUUGAUGCGUGCAGUUACUCAUCGAACGGCUCACUCAGAGGCGAGAAAAACUUAAAGAUGACAGAAUAUCUUCAGUCAUUUCACCAAGCACAAUAAAAUUCAGUCUACAGCUUUGCAGCAUUUUAGUGUGUCUAAGAUAUUUUCUUCUAAAACUAUGUUAUUGUUAGGCUGUUGCUGUUUUAAACCUUUUGGGAAUCAUAGCCCAACAAAUGGUUGAUUUACUCACAUCACCAACACACCUAAUACCAGUAUACUCUGACUGAGGUCAGUCAAUCAAUCCAGCAAUCAAAUUUCAUUUAUAUAGCGCCAGUUCACAACAGUUGUCAUCCCAAGAUGCUUUCCAAAGAACAAGAGCAGGUCUAGACCACACUCAUUGUUUGAUGAAUUAUCAAGACCCAACCUUAAGAUGGGAUUUGGCCCAUCUUAUCCAACAUGAGUGACAGUGGCAAAGAAAAACUUCCUUUUAACAGGCAGAAACCUUGAGUAGGACCAGACUCAUGUUAGACAGCCACCAAGCUGCUGCUGGGUUGGGGAGGAAUACAGAGAGAUAAGGAGAGAGAGAGGGCAGGGGGAGAGAUAGAGAGCAAGGGAGAAGGAAGGAGAGAGAGAAUGAGUAAGGAAGAGGGAGGGAGAGAGAGAGACAGGGGACAGCAGCAACAUUAAAACAACAACAACAGCUCAUGCCAAGUUGUGGUUGCAGAGCAAGUAAAGAUGAAACAUUAUGAAUUCAGUUUACAGGAUUAGGAUAUAAGUAAAUAAGGACUAUGUUAAAGUAGCAAGGUUCAAAGUACAUGAUGAUAAGAGUGAAUCAGGGAACCCCUGGUAGAGAUGAGUGGUCUUAACUGUAUAUCAAGAAACUUUUAGUCCUUCUUUUAUGGAUUUCUCCACCAAUGUGUCACAACUGCAUGUUUGUCGUCACUGUGCAAAAACAGGCCAUUGAGGACCAUAUUGUAUUAAACAUAACAGAUAAGUCAAAGCAAUCGCCCCAGUCUAUGCACACCGAACACACUUAGUAACUGACAUCUUAGCUGCUGAACCCACCUGCACCUGGCAUCACAUUGAAAAGAGAGAUUGAUGAUUUUCACCCCUUCUCUGUAUUUCUUUGUGAGCCCCCCCUCCAUUGAUUAGAGCAGCAUAGAUAGAUGUUGCGCCGUGAGCUUAAUCAGUGUGUAAUCACAGGCUUGCUGUUACCUCUCUCAUUACCCAUUACUUUCACUCUCUUCAUUACCUCAUUAACCUCCGUUUAAUCUCAUCACACGAGAGAAGCAGCCAUGAUUUGCUCAGCUUUUUCAUCACCAGCUGCUGUGGUUAGUGUAUAACAGCAAAGAUUAUCGAGUUAUUCUAGGACGAGAUUCAUAAAACUCUGAGGCAGUGCGUUAACAGUUUGAGGUCAAUUAAGUUUUUAUGUAAAGCAUUAAAAUAGUCUUGACCUGAGUUAUGUGUUCCACAGGAAAGCUACCAGCAGCGGCACACGCAGCGGUGGCAGGACCACAGGAUCUGCAGGCACUGGCGGCAUGUGGCGCUUUUACACAGAAGACUCGCCAGGCCUCAAAGUGUAAGUGGCCCCACCCCCACUCACCUGUUCAGACAUAAACACCCACACAUGCAAACAGGAGAUUGAAAUAUGUACCCUUGACGGUUCUAACUCUCGAGAAUUUAGAUCUAAUUCUCUGGAUUUCUGACUCUUGCUCUUAGUGUUAUUAGUGUUGAUCAGGUGAAAUGGAGGAAGUGUGCACUGGCAGGAAAUUAGGCAGACGUGCCGCUGUGACAAAACAAGUAAUCUCCGAGCAGCGGAUGUGUGUAUACGUACACAACUAUGUGUAAGGAGAGUGAACCCGUUCAGAAAACUUAAACUUCAUAAGGUUGUGUUCUGCUUCAUCCACGCCCCUCAUAUUAAAAAGGCGUCCUGUCUCCGGGCUGUAGUCAGCCGCGGUUGAUCGAUGAUGCUGUGGUGGUUAUUGAGUGCGUCUCUCCAGCAGUCGAAGGAGGGCAGACUGGCCGUACAGUGCUGUAUAUCGAGUGCGUGUUUGUUCCUGUGCUAGACGCCAGCCUCAAAGCUUCAUUAAAGGAUCCACUCUGAAAGGUCAGCUCAAUUACAGCCUUCUGACAGGGGGAGGAGGGGUCCGCUGAGGAGCCGGUUGGCAUGGCAAUGCUGCUACUUAGCGAUGCGUCCUGUGCACCCCACCCCCCACUCAGUACCUCCUUUAGCGAUGAGAGCCCCUCCUUGUUAUUCCGCAGCUCAUCAAUAAAAUCAACCACUCCGCUAAGACUCUUGAUCUGGUUGGAGUUACAGCCAAUGCUAAGAUUUUGUUUGUGUGUGCGUGUGUAUUAACCUGUGUUUCUGUUGUUACAGCGGCCCUGUGCCAGUGCUGGUGAUGAGUCUGCUCUUCAUCGCCUCUGUCUUCAUGCUGCACAUCUGGGGAAAGUACACCCGCUCUUGA